GCUCCGGGUCCAGGUGGCAGGUGGCGUGCGGCUGCCUAGCUGCGGCGGAGGAGGAUGAAUGGGCCGUCGGGUGCGCCGUACUUUGACAGCCGGGAGCGGGUGCUGAAGUUGGGAGAGAGUUUCGAGAAGCAUCCGCGCAGCGCCUUCCACACCGUGCGUUAUGACUUUAAACCUGCAUCUAUUGAUACCUCUUGUGAAGGAGAUCUUGAAGUUGGCAAAGGUGAACAGGUGACAAUAACACUGCCAAAUAUAGAGGGUUCAACACCACCAGUAUCUGUUUUCAAAGGCUCAAAGAAACCUUAUCUAAAAGAAUGUAUUUUGAUUAUUAACCAUGAUACUGGAGAAUGUCGAUUAGAAAAACUCAGCAGCAACAUCACUGUAAAGAAAACAAGAGCUGAAGGAAGCAGUAAAAUUCAGUCUCGACUUGAACAGCAGCAACAACAAAUGAGAAAUGCAGUUAAAACAUCAAACAAUGUGAAACAUUCUCCACCAAAAGAAAAAAUGUCUCCAGAGUCUCCUAUGGAUGAUAUUGAGAGAGAACUGAAGGCAGAAGCCAGUAUAAUGGACCAGAUGACUAGUUCUGAUAGCUCUUCAGAAUCCCAAAGUUCUUCAUCUUCAAGUAGUGAAGAUAGUUCUAGUGACUCAGAAGACGAAGGGUGCAAACUCUCUCAUUCUAGCUCAGUAAAACGUGCACUAGGCCAUCAAACCUCAUCUGCUGAACCACAACAAUGGAUUCCUGAUAUGGAGACCAUGCAUAACAGAUCUCAGGAUGGCAGUGGCCUUUUCAUGAAUACAUUAAGAAAUGAUUUGCAACUGAGUGAAUCAGGAAGUGACAGUGAUGAGUGAAAAAAACAAUGGGCUUCAACAUAAAUAUUUUUAAAAUAUUAUAAUAUGAGAGAAUUUGUUUUGCACUAAGAAUAAAAUUUCUCAAGACUGAAAA